UUGAAUAUUGGGAGUGUUAUUUGUAAUUUUUUGGAAAUGUCACUGUAAAUUUUGGUGUUGGUGCUAUUCAGAACACUAUUUAACCAAGAGUCCUCUUACGAGGGCACGUGUAAUGCAGAGGUAAAAUACUUCUAGCUUGAUGUAAGUUUUACUCGCAGAACUUUAAGCAACAUGGCUGAAGCAGCUACAAAUAACUCUGGCUUCUAUCAGCUUAGUGUCACAAUUGAGUGUGCUCAUCUUCGCAAUGGUGGAAGUUUCCUAAAGCCCAAUCCAUAUGUGGAGCUGUCAGUGGACGAGAAACCACCACGCAAGACUGAAGUCGUCAAGUGCACUUACCAGCCCAAGUGGAAUGAAGAGUUCACUGUGCUGGUCACACCUUACUCCUUUCUCCACUUCCGACUGUUGGAUCACAGCACGUUCCGCAGGGAUGCGAUAGUAGGGGAGAAGCGACUCAGCUUGUACGAUGUGCUGGCACACUACAACGGCCGCUGCGAACAUCUUGAGGUGACUCUGGAUUUGAUGUCCGAGGCCAAGAAUGAUCAGACCCCGGUUAAGGUGGGUGACCUGAUAGUUCUGCUGGACGGUCUAAAAAUAGACAUGACAUCAUGUCCACCCCCUCCCCCCCGCCACAUCACACCGUUAGCCCCCACCAACACUGACACGACCAACCGCAGUGUGCUAAACGGAGGUGUGAGAGCUCGCAGUCGCCCCCCUGGAACGGAGAACACCCAGCCCUCAGCUACCCAGGGCUCGGUGGUACUGCCAGAGCUUCCUACACGGCCUGUGCCCUCUGUGAGGAGUGUGAUGUCUAAUGCAGCUCCCCAGUCUGUUGUGCCUUCAAUACAGAAUGGUGCUGGUCCCCCGCCCCCGCCUAGCUCCACCACUGAGGCUGCCCCCGCCAACGGGGAGACUAAUGCUCAGGAGGAGCCACUACCUGCUGGGUGGGAGAUGAGAUAUGAUGUGUACGGACGACGCUACUACGUUGACCACAACAGUAGAAGUACCUCAUGGGAGAGACCCCAGCCGCUGCCCCCCGGCUGGGAGAUACGGAGAGACUCUAGAGGUAGGAUAUACUAUGUGGACCACAACACUCGCACAACAACAUGGCAGCGGCCCAACACUGAGAGGCUACAGCAUUACCAGCAAUGGCAGGGAGAACGGGCACAUGUGGUACAGCAAGGCAAUCAGAGGUUCCUCUACCCUCAGCAGCCGAGCCCAGCUGUCAACUCUGGUGCGGCCGCCAAGGUGGAGGAGGAGGAUGCUCUGGGACCGUUGCCCAAGGACUGGGAGAAGAGAGUACAACCUGACGGCAGAGUGUACUUUGUCAACCACAAGAACAGAACCACUCAGUGGGAGGACCCCAGGACACAAGGAAGAGAGUUGGAGGUGGCACCUGAUGAGCCUCCGCUGCCGCCUGGCUGGGAGAUACGACUCACUGAGGACGGUAUCAGGUAUUUUGUGGACCACAAUACGAGAACAACCACCUUCCAGGACCCCAGACCUGGUGCUCCUAAAGGCCCAAAGGGCGUGUACGGAGUGCCAAGGGCUUACGAACGAUCGUUCCGCUGGAAGCUCAGUCAGUUCAGGUACCUGUGUCAGAGUAACGUACUUCCGUCACACAUCAAGAUCACAGUCACUAGACAGACGCUGUUUGACGACUCAUACCACCAGAUCAUGCGAUUGCCUGCGUACGAACUCAGACGACGGCUCUACAUCAUCUUUAGAGGGGAGGAGGGACUGGAUUAUGGAGGGGUCUCGAGAGAAUGGUUCUUCCUCCUCUCACACGAGGUGCUCAAUCCCAUGUAUUGCCUUUUUGAAUACGCCAACAAGAACAACUAUAGUUUACAAAUCAACCCAGCCUCAUACGUCAACCCAGACCAUCUGUUGUAUUUUAAAUUCAUCGGUAGAUUUAUCGCAAUGGCGUUAUACCACGGGAGGUUUAUUUACUCCGGGUUCACGAUGCCUUUUUACAAGAAAAUGCUAAACAAGAAGUUGACGAUGAAGGACAUAGAAUCGAUAGACCCGGAGUUCUACAACUCGUUGGUGUGGAUCCGGGACAACAACAUUGACGAGUGCGGACUCGAGUUGUUCUUCAGUGUCGACUUUGAGGUGCUGGGCCAAGUGAUACAUCAUGAGCUGAAGGAGGGGGGAGACAAAGUCAGAGUAGACGAGGAGAACAAAGAGGAAUACAUGAGGUUAAUGACUGAGUGGCGGAUGACUCGGGGCAUCAAGGACCAGACGCAGGCAUUCCUGGAGGGCUUCAACGAGGUGGUGCCGCUCGAGUGGCUGAAAUACUUUGAUGAGCGGGAACUGGAGCUGAUGUUGUGUGGCAUGCAGGAGAUUGAUGUGGAAGACUGGCAGCGCAACACCAUCUACAGACACUACACGCGGAACAGCAAGCAGGUUCUCUGGUUCUGGCAGUUUGUGAGACAGACAGACAGUGAGAAGAGAGCGAGGUUGCUACAGUUUGUGACAGGCACAUGUAGAGUGCCUGUAGGAGGCUUCGCAGAGCUCAUGGGGAGUAACGGGCCGCAGCGGUUCUGCAUUGAGAAGGUAGGCAAGGAGACGUGGCUGCCCCGAUCUCACACGUGUUUCAACCGUCUGGACCUGCCCCCGUACAAGAGCUACGACCAGAUGGUGGAGAAGCUCAACUACGCCAUCGAGGAGACUGAAGGGUUCGGCCAAGAGUAACACCAUCAUUCCAGGAACUUACCUCGCCACAUCCGCUAUACAAAGUGUUAUUUUUGCAUCUAGGUAAGAGUUGUAUAUUUUUAUCUCGAGAAAAUCUACAGGAACCCGUAUAUAUAUAUAUGCCGUACAAAUUAUUUUUUUACAGUGUUAAUAUUUUGUUUUAUCCGCCGCAGUGUAUAAAUAUAUGUAAUCAUUUUAGUUGUUGAGUUUUAAGAUGUUUAUGGUUAUUUUAGCUUUAAUAUACAUCGAUUAUUUGUUAUCUGGUUUGAAUAUUUACGAUUGUUUGAUUAUCAUUUUGACUGUUUGGGAUCAAUUGAGUGUUUUUAAUCACAUUUCUGAUUGUCGCUGCCGAUUUGUCAGGUUUACGGAUUCUCAAGUUAUGGUAAUGUCAGGGAUAUUUGCCUAACCAAUAAUGACAGUAAGCUGAUAAGUACAGCACAGCUCUAAAAGAAGACUAUAAGAAGUCUAUAAUGAUUUUAUCUCUGAAAUAUUAAAAAUGGCUUUGGUUAUACUUUGCUUUAAGCAAGAAAUUUGAUAGUACAAUAUACAAAUAUGUCCCUUUAAAUACAAGUGGAAAUUAAUUAUGUACCAACAUAUUUUACCGAUUGGGCGAUUGAUUUAUACAAUGAUUUAUAUUAAUGUUUUAAAGUGUGAAAUUGUUAAAUGAGUUUGAAGUUGCCACCAACACUUAACACAUAUUGGCAAAAUUACAUAAGGAUAUCAGCGCUAAAACGGAUCUUCUUGGUUCCAAAGGAACGGUUUUGAUCCACUGUAGUGGGAUACUGUGUGUUGCAACAGUACGGACGGAUGAAAAAUAAAAAGUAAGUUACAUGAUUACUUUUUAAAAGUUCUUCACUUAAUUUGGCUCAGUUUAAACUAUUUUAUUUUAUUAAUUUGAGUUCAACAACAAAUUUUCUGGCUUAGUUUAGUAAUUACUGCCUACUUAUUUUAUUUUUCAUUUAUAUUAGUGUAAUAAAUGCUAGAGGAACUUUACAUUUGUUUUUUUGAGGGAGCAUUCCAAAACUCAGAUAUUAUCACUUUGUUGUAAUUAGUCCAAUGAUAAAGUAUAAAUUAUAUCCGAAUCAAAGUUUUCAAAUUUUUUAGUGAUUAUCUGGUAUUGUUGUACUAUUGGUAUUUUAGCCUUAUCUUUUCUAAUUUGCCACUGUCCUGUAUUCUUUCAAAUUAUUUAGAAAUGAAGUGUUAACUAUCCUUGUCCUACAUCUUAUAUUUUCAUUGACCCGGUUUUAAUGUCAAGAUACAUCAUUGACUUUGGAUACACAAGUGGAUAGACUUUUCAUUUGAAUUUAGCUAUAUAAAGUUUUUAUUCAGAGAAAAGUUAACUUUUUUCUUUUAAUAAAACAAACCGCAUAUAGCUCAAUUGAGUGUAGUUAAAUAUUGGGCCUCUCUCUGUGUGUGUGUAUCUUAAGAAAUGUUUUCUUUUUCUUUUAUAUUUUGAUGUAUGGUUGUUAGUUUAGCUUAAAAGUUGGUGUGUAAAACACAAUACUAUUUAACACAAGUACACUCUGUCAGCGGCGCUAUUCAACUACGUUUUAUGUUAAAAAAAACUGGCUUAAAUGUGGCAAUGUGAUUGCUGUGUAUCCAUAGUCAAUAGUUCUAGGUGCUCAAUGUAAUAUAUUAAAAUAUUUUAUCGUCCUUAUAGAUGAACUGAAGACAAAAUUCUGGUUAGUUUUGUCCGGUUUAGGUGGAAGGCAAACUAUUGUUUACAACUUGUUUCUUUGUUGUUUGAACAAUUUGAAAGAUUUUUUAUAGUAAAUUGUAGGUAUAGCCUAAUGAAUAAAACAACAAUUGUAAAAAUGGACCCCUUAAAGAAGAGGGAAACAUUUAGUGCAGCACCCUCAAACGUAACCAAGAUGAACCACACAUAAAAAAUGAAACAUAAAUAAAUUCACAUAUGAAUGCAGAUUUUACUGUAGGUUGGGAAGUCUUCUUGCAAUAACAAAGUCAAUGUUCACACUGGUCUAACCUAACAGCUCACUUCCUUUCAAUGGAUUAGUUUAUAAGAUCACUGUUUUAUUAUUAAUUUAUAUAGAAACAAAUGUCACUAAUGAUUUUUGCAAAUAUUUCAAAAGCUACAUGGAAUAAAAUAGUAGUAGCCUAAAGUGACUCUUUUCAGCCUGAGUUCAAGUAUAACGACUGAGGUACAGUAGACUCCCUAUUUGCAUUUACAUCAUCAAAAUACAAAUAAUAGUAUUGCACAAUGGUGAUAUGUUAAGUCAUUAACCUUGGUUCAGUAAUAAAAACUGUACAACAAUAAAUCACGUAAAGAACAGAAGAAUAGAAAGUCUAUAGUAAGCUACUACUACCGUAGUCAGCAUAGGCUACUACUACAUGUUGUUUCAGAACAGAAGAAAGUCGAUAAAAACAUUAGAUAACUUCAUUAUAUUGAAUUUUAGCCUCCUGAUCACAUUUAAAUACUAAAUUACCUCAAAAACCUUGUUCUCAUAGUACGAUCAUGCUGUUUUGCGAACAUUUGAAUAAAUGUAGGUUUACAAAUUUCAUCAAAAUCAGAUGAUUUCUACACAAGUUAUCUUGCUAACGGAUAUAAAUUUGAACCUUGCCUUAAAAAUUGUCAAGAUAAGCCUGCUUAUCCUGUCCUUUGUCUCUUUAAUUCUCAGGCAAUAAGCUCUUUCCAAUCAAACCUAUAAAUUUGAACGGAUGGUGUAGCCUCUGGGGACAUCAAAUGAACAUUUGCCCGGGUCUUACCAUGAGACUUACGGUAAUAGCUUAUUCCCUAUAUGGAAAAAUUGCUGAUAUGGGAAAUUCACUAAUAGCUCCCAAAAUAGUUCUCCUUUUUUGCUAUAAGAACAGCUGUUACUGUUACAUAGUAAACAAUUAUUAAUAUUUUUUACUGAAAUUCUACAUUGGAAAAGGGGUAUAUUUUCUUGGCUGAAUAAACAGACAAAAUCAGCCAUAAAAAUAACUUACUUCAUCUUGAUUAUUUUAUUACCCCAGUGAGAAAAAAACUACUUAGCCCCUCAAUGCAUGUAUUGAUAGCUAUUUUUGCUGCAGUAUAAAAAAAGUUUAUAUAUAAGCUAAAUAACUUUUGAUCAGCAUUGUACGUGUUAUUAAAUUUACGGAAAGUAAAUAAAAGAAACGUCUUAUAACACUUAAAACAUAUAUUUACGCUUAUACUGUUACUCACAAGACGGUAAAUAUAAAAAAAGAUGGUUAGAGGUGAUCGAUUUCGCCUAUUGGGUCCGAUGAUGAUUGGAGUGUCCAAUCAAAAUCAUAUGUUUUAAGUGUUAUAAGACGUUUCUUUUAUUUACUUUCCUUUUAUAUAAGCUGUAAAAGCUAAUAUUUUUGUGCUUGCCAGCUUGAUUGAAAUAUUUUGUUACGCUAAAUAAAAUGAUAAAAUGCAAAACAAGGCUUAAGUGACAGUAAAGUUUUCAGCUUUAAAACGUUCCUUACAAUCCCUACAUUUACUUUUAACAGUCAUGAUCAGGUCUAUCUAUUAAGCCGUGUUUACACGAGGCCAUUAAGCGUCUAGUGUAUUUUAAGUUAUCUGAGGCAACUAGCCUGUCUGCCAACUGGCUUCGUGUAAACGCAACCUAAAUGUAUAUCUAUUAUUCUUAGCAACCUAACAAAUUGUGUCUUAUUUUUAGGGAAUUUUUUAACUUUGUUUAAUCAUGUUGUGGAACCAUACAACAGCAUGUUUAUUUUAGACAUGGCCGUUAUGGACAAUUUGAAUAAUAAUUAGGUACACAGUCAAUAAGUGAAUUUGGAAUAAAUCUUGAGAACAUAAUUGUCUACUUAAAAACAAAAAAUAUAAUUUUGAGCCUAAUUGUAGUUAUUUAAAUUAAUUUUGUAAUAUUGGGUGUACUUUCAAUUUUAAAAUGUAUUCUUUUAAAUAUUUUUAGCAUUAAAGGAUACAUAUUUAUAUUUUCCACACAUUUGUAUAUCAAUUAAUAAGCAAAUCAAAAAGACCAAAAACUGCACAUAUUGUUUAUUUUUGUAUGAAUAUUUUAACUUUGUUUUUAUGUUAUUACUGAAUGUACUAUGUAUAUCUCGGUUGGCACGAUGAGUUGUUGUAGCCACAAAUGUCUUAUCAAAAUGUGUAUAUGUAAAAAUAAAUUGUAUAUUUCAUAUCCAUCCAAAGAGAAAUUGUAGAUAUCCUCUCUAAACCUGCUAUUUUAAUAAAAUGUAGGAAAGGUGUAAUAAACUAUUUAUUACAAGAACUGUUGAUGUACAGUUAAUAUUGAAUACUGUUAUGUACUUAGAAAUAAACACAUGAAAACUC